CCAUUGGUGUGGGAUGAUGUCAUCCACGGCGGAGACAAUAGAGCCCACCUCCCCCGUCAGUGUCUCCUCGCCACACGCGCACCGCGGCUCGGCGUGACACACGCGCUCGGACGUGACGCCAGCUGAGUGAGCCAAGCACUUCUGAUGACAUUCGCUGCCGUGUCGGUUCAGUCCGGAGCCCGACCGAGCUGCCGAGCAUCCGCCACUCAGACCGGGGCUGCUCUCUCGCUACGCUUCCACGCAGAGGAAAGUGUCACACAUCUGGAUCGACACAUUUGACCCACCGGCUCGUUCCGCUCGGGGUCCACGGCAUGAAGCGUGGGGAUUUGUGACUCGGCUGCGCGUGAGUGAUGAACACGGAGCGGGACUCUUGAUGCAAGGCUGAAAGAGAGGGGUGGAAAAGAGAUGAGGAUACCGUCACCAGACUGCGCGAGGACUUAAACAUGGAGACACCGGAGCGCGCUUUGCUUUCCCGAUGGCUUUGCAUAAACCCAGAUGCCUCCCCUCCCUCUUGACGAGCGCAUAGUGGUUAUUCAGCGCCCCAAAAACGUGUGUGAGGCUUCCCCACAAACCAUCCCACAGCAUUCCUCUCAGAUAUCAGCCUCUACCAAUGGACGGGCUUCCCAGCCUUCGCAUCUCCACGCCUCUCAUUCCCAUUUUUACUCACCUGCGUGUAAAUCUGUGAGUGUGGAAUGCAAGCGCAGGUCAUCCCGUGUGCAGAGAUUCAAGGGCAACCAGCCUGCCAUCCCAGCAGAUGUCCUCCACAUCCCGAGCCACUGCCAUAGCAAUGGCACAGUAACGCUUGCCCCACGGCUUCCCUCCCACACACAUACUAUUGAUAUCAAGGUAUCAGUGGACAAAGGGAGACGGGGAGGAUUAAGUAACUCAUUAGGGCGCGCUGGAAGUGUAAAAGCCGGCAGAGGGAAAUGCGUCUCUUCCCAGUUUGAUCAAGCACAAUGCGAGAGAAAAACCGGAAGCUUUGGGAGGCCCUGUGGAUUCGAGCAUAAGCCACAACAGGUCCGUCAGCUGUCGUCGUCCCCUGGAGGGAUCCUCCAGUUUGUCCCUGCUCAGGCAAAUCAGCAUACAUUCAGGGGUGAAAAAGAGAAAGAAAACUCCAGUUUUCAUUACAGAGGUGACCAGGAAUUUCCCUCUUUGGGUCACAGGAAAAGUUCCAAGCUGGGAACUGUUCAUCAAAGCCAUAAUAGCCACAGUCUGCCCUACCACCACCACUCUGUUCCUGUUCCCCAUGCUGCCAUCCUAAACUCCACCUAUCCUUCGUCUCCCCCAUCCCAAACCACUCAUGUCCCAGUCUCCUUUCAGCAGCUUAACCAACCUCACCCUCCUCGCACAAGGGAUCACCGCCCUCACAUUCUUCAUGGUCUUCCGUUGUCCCCCUGCUCCUCCCGUGUCGGAGGGUUCCCUAGUCCAGACCACACUUGUACCAUUGACUGUGCGCACCCAUUCAACUGUGGCUGCUGGAGGUUGGUAAGAUGCUCGGGAUGUAAAGGAGACUCUUCCAGUUACCAAGGAGGUGGAGGAAGCACUUCUACCUCAUUUUCCUGUGGCCACAAUGUCGGCGCAGUGAAGAGAGGAAGUAAAGACAUGGGCCUGAAGAAUCUGGGUGGCUGCCUCUCCACCGCUUCCACAUCAAACACUUCCUCAUCUAACAGUACUGCUUCUGAUUGUCGAGCAGCUCUGUUCAAACCUCUACCUUGUGCCUCCUGCGGCGGAGAGGCCGGAAACUUUGAGAGUCCUGCUAUUCUUCGGAAGAAGCUAGUAGGAGGAUGCCUUCCCUGUACUUCUCUGUCGUCUUCAACCCCUUUGCGGGCGAUCCAAAGCUGUGUGUCUGGUUGCAACAACAAGGCAUCUCAGACUGGCAGUUCUUCCUGCAGCUACUGCAGCAGCGACCCGAUAGUGGUGACGUUCAACCCUCGCCGGGGAAAGCCUCCUGGAAGAGGCUUAGGACCGACUCACCCAAUGGCUAUGCUGCAAGCUGACGAUGAUGACUACAGCGUGCGCACCAUCUGGCCUGAGGAACUGGCCAAGAAAAUGACCCAUUCCAAAGCCCAAAAGAAUAACUACAAUGGGAGGAGUGUUGGGAAAAGCUGUUCUAGCCAGACCCAGAAUGGCAGUAACGGACCCGGCCUUGCCCUCUUGGACUGUCAGAACCUUCAGGAAUACGCUCAGACUAAUUUCACAGACCACGCUGGCCGACGACGGCUUCAGCAAGGCAAAAUGGCUGCCCUUGGUUUUGUAGGCAGCAGGUUGGGAUCUAGCUACGAUGAUGGCCGUAACUCGUUGAAGAGGCUCUUGAAUAAAGCAGAAGAUGUUGGAAUGAGCGACAGUCCUGAGCAUGGCCAAGUGUAUCCGCGAUCGCCCUCUCCCCGCUCCGUGUCUCCGCCAUCACCCGUGUCCUUUUCCCCUCCCCCUUCGGCCCCCAGCACACUGAUCAAACCCAAACCCUGGCAGAGAGAAAGGGAGGGAGGACACUCUCUGCCGUCGGCUCAGUCCCUUCACCUGGCCCUGAACUCCCUUAACAGAGAGCAAGAUGAGGAGAACAACCGAAUGAGGCUGUCUUUGCCACUCUCCUCAUCGCUGCCUGCCUCCCUGUCCGAUGAGACUGUGAUGACUCCCGAUGCGGAGAACGCCGUCAUUAGCCCAAUCCUGCCCUUCCUGUUCCUGGGGAACGAGAGAGACGCCCAGGACCUGGACCUGCUGCUGCGCCUCAACAUUGGCUACGUGGUAAAUGUGACCACACACCUGCCCCUCUACCACACCAACGCGGGGCUGCGCUACAAAAGGCUCCCAGCCACUGACAACAGCAAGCAAAACCUUCGCCAGUACUUUGAGGAGGUUUUUGAGUUUAUUGAGGAGGCAUAUCAGAGUGGACAGGGCGUGUUGGUUCACUGCCAGGCAGGUGUGUCCCGUUCUGCAACCAUCGUCAUCGCCUACCUUAUGAAGCACACCCUCAUGACCAUGACGGACGCCUACAAGUACGUGCGGAGCCGUCGGCCCGUGGUGUCGCCCAACCUGAACUUCAUGGGUCAGCUCUUGGAGUUUGAGAGGGACCUCAACUCCGGGGUGACUCCUCGGAUCUUGAUGCCUAAACUAAAUGGUGUGGAGACGCAGGUUUGAAGGGGGAAGGGGAUCGACGGUCAGGACUGUGUAGCAUUAAAGGGGCGUUAAAAAGAAAAAGAGUGCAGCACAUUUUUUAGAGCGACAGGUCGAGAGAGAAUCUUGGCGGGUUUGGCAAAUAGUGCACUUUCAAUACUGUGAAACACGAGACAGAGGACUGGGCGGUUCAUUUGUUUCAUUGUUAGACAAUUUGAUCCCCAUCCAGCGUACUGUUCAUAAGAUAACGUGCCAAUAUUUUGUACAGCUCCGACAUAAUUCAGAUAUCUUUUUUUAAAAUCUAAUACCUCUUCCUUUUUGUUCCUGUUUACAGUCAACGUUCAUGCAGGAGGAGCGACUUUCUUGCCCGAAAUCAUAAAUGCAUGCAGAACCUGAAUGCACCAUGGAAAGGGUUCUUUGUUAAUCAUUCAUCUACAACAGCUCUUUACUACUUUCCACCACAUGUAGCAGCGCGAUGCACUUUACUGCCCAUUCAUUUGUUAUCAGAGAUGAGAUAGGACCUCAGUUACUGUUUUUAAACCAUUUGCUUUCAUUUAAUCAGUUUCAUUGUUUCUUUCAGUUUGAACUGUGGAACAGUGAGGUGUGGACCUAGAAAGUAAAGCUUUUUUGUUUGUUUGUUUUGUUUUUUGCCAUUUUGGUGGUUAAAUCUUGCAGACUCGUUUAAAUGGUGCAUUAACAUGCAAUGUCAAUGCGAACAAUUAGAAAUGCAGGUUUUACAAUUGUAUAAAAGCAUUUAUUCCACUACAUGAGCAUUUCCUAGCAAACAGCUCAGCAGAUGGUGGGUUCCUGCUGUUGCAGUGUGCUUUUAAAUCUUCUCAAAGAGUGAAAACUGAUUUUGUUUUUCUUUCUAUGUUAAGUUGUAUUUCUGUGUUUCCUGCUUAACAAAAAGUAGUUUAAUAUGUAGCAUGAAACAGACCUGCAGUUUUUUUCUAGAAAUCAAGAGAGCACAUGGGUGACACUUAAGGUCCUGCAAAGCUGUUUCGGUCAUAAAAUUGUUUCUGCAUUUAAAAAAAAAACAAAAUAAUAAUAAUAAUAAUAAUAAUAAUAACAAUAACAAUAAUAAUAAUAAUAGUCCGCCCGCUGCAGUUUGUUAUUCACUGAACGGAGCCCAUUUGAAGUAGCACAGUGUUGUUUAAAAACCUUCAAAUCUAUUUGUUUUUAUUGCAGUAGCAUAGUUUCACACUGAAACAUCUGUUGUGCCCGAUAAAGCUCAAGUAAGGUUUAGCAAUCCCAACAUUUUGCCAGUACCUGUCCCAAACAGCCUGUUUGCAUCCAGAUGAUGAUGAUGAUGAUGAUGAAAUCAUUACUGAUUCCUAACCAGGUGAUCUAAAAAAAAAAUAAAAAAAAACUCCUAAAAAUGAAAGAACUACUUACAAAAGGCUUCAAGUCACAUUUAUGCUAAACGUGUUUUUAGAGGUACUAACUGCUUUAAAACCAAUGAUUUCUUAAUAUGGGACUAAAAUAUAUUCACAAUGUUUCAUACAUAUUUUCUUUGUCAGAAAUUGCUACUGUAAUAAAAGCUGAAUAUUUUUGGGCUUUUUUACAUGACAGUGGAUGUGGAUGCCGAUGCAUUUUAAGUUAUUUGCAGCCUUGAAGCCAAAAAUCUUCGAAUUACUUUCACACCAUUAACCAUUAUCAGUCCUAAUAUUAUUAUUAUUAUUAUUAUUAUUAUUCCUGAGCUCGACUCAUUUGGCUCGCUGACCUUCUCCAUUACUAUGCAUUAUCUUGAUAACAAGGUCUUUGGUUUGGUUUGAAAAUGUUUCUUGAUUCACUGUGAACUAUUUUCCAGAGUGGUUCAGACUCCGUGAAAGAGAGAAUAUAAUCUGUUACAGGAGGAUUACAUUCAAUUUAAUUAGCUCAUUAUAACUCAAUAAAAUAAAAAUAAAAAAAAGGUUAUUCAACAGUAGAUGAUGAAUUGAAGUGCUGUUACUUCCAACGGAUCUUCAGCUAGCAGAACUUAAAACAUUGUGUUUAACUGGAUGUAAUGUCUUUAAAUCUGUUGGAGCGGAUUUUUCUACAAUAAGAUCAUAUUUAUAUUUUUAACAGCAGUGCAUACAGAACAUUGCCUUGCAAAAGUAUUCAUUUAAUUCGAGAUUCUAAUGUUUGUUGCAGGAUUUUUAUUAAACACACCAGUGUUGCUCUGCUUUUUUUAAUUUGGAGGCAUCAGAGUUGAGGGGGCUAAACACAGUUAUAGGACGCACUCUUCAGAUUUUUUUUUUCUUAAUCCAUCCAAUAAAAACCUAAUUGAGGUUUAUGGAUGUGUGAGCAAAUGUAGGGUAUGAAUACUUGCAAGGCGUUGUAAUUUGGUCCAAACUUUCACUGGAAGUGAACUCAGUUAUUGAUGCUCGUCCUGACAAACUUAAAAGCGGCAGCUUUUGGUUUUGUUGACGGCUGCGGAGGGCAAAGUCUGCAGGUUUUUGACAUAUUUCUUGACAAACGACUUGAAGGUCCAAACGGUAGCAAAAUAUGUGUAUGCGACCGAUCAAAGAGCCGUACUACACCAGAAUCCUCUGCUUUUCUCAAGUAUUCCACUCCGACUGCAGUUGACCCUUUUCUUUCUCGAGCUGUGAUUAACGUGAGGUCUGGCUCCAGUUGUCUGAAAAAACCAAAAUGCCUUUAGUUUGUGUAAACUGGUACACAGCUGCUGUGGAAACUGGGUGAAAAAAUCCCAAAUUUUACUUGGUGGAUUUAUUUUCGGACUGAUCGACUUUGUUAUAGUUCUUAUAUUUUUCUACAGCCAUACUUCUUUUCUUUCUUUUUCUUUUUUUGUUAUAUUACAUGCAUUUUAUUUAUAAUUUUUUUAAACACGAAGGUCUAGAUGGACAGAAUGACUCCCUCCAACUCUGCCAUGACAGUUUGGAUGUUGGCGAAUGAGGGUCAACAUGGCGCUCUCGUGUUUUGGUGAUUUUUUUUUUUUUUUUUUUUUUUAACGUCUCGCCUUCUUUCAGCUGGAGAAACAUCAGCCUGACCACUCCUCCUCCCGUCUCUGCAGCUCAGCUCACCUUGAAAAGAGAAAUAGAGAGAGAGAGAGAGGCGGCUCACUCGCUCGCUUGCUGUUGUUACCAGAUUUUUUUGUAUGAACUCUAUAUGCAAAAUGGCUGCCGAAGCGAUUACUUUAAUGUCACACUGUGUGAAUUUGCUGCACAGCGGGGUCGUUGCUGACCUCAAGAGAGACUCUCUGGAGGAAAUUCUUUAAUUUAUGGGAACUGAAGGGCCUCUUUUUGUGAGUGUGUGAGUGUCUAUGUGUAUGUUCAGAUUUUCUGUUUGUUUCUCUUGGAGACACACACAAAAAAAAACUGGGUUAUUUCUUGCUGUGCAUCUGGGAACGUUGUAUACCUUCACUUACUUCGGGGAACUCCAGUUAUUCCUGUUUUGAAAGCUUACUUUCAAACUUUGUGGAAUAGUUUUCUGUACCAAAUUCUGAAUUUGAGGUCAUUAAUGGUUCAGCUGACGAAGAGAAAUCAAAGUAGAGCACCACCCUUCCUCCAUCCUGAUGGGGGGGCAAGAACUCUUCUUCAGGUACGACGUCGUCAUAGUAACGCUGUGCUGUUUCCCCAUCCCGCCUCCAACCAGAGACCCAGAAACUCAUGUAAACUUCCCUCUAGCGCUGCCUCCUCCUUCUCUUUCCGCCCCUUUUUUUCUUAAUGGAUUGUUCCUCUUUAACCAAUUGUAAUAUUUUUCAUAUUGUAGCAUCUGGUCCUUGUAUUUAGGCAGUUUCUUUUACCUCCAUGUACCGCCUAUACUCUUCAUAAUCCUUCUGAGGUGCACUGUGACAAACACGAUGCUGCUAUAUCAAAAGACUGAGUAUGUUGGUCACGUUUAAGCAGAUGGGCUGGUGACGGGGAGCCCCUGCUUGAUUUGUUUCAAUUGGAAUCCAUAUGCUGCCGCUAACGUUUUCCAGCUUGAAAUGCACAAACGCGGGAUCUGUAGCUGUCCAUGGUGGUCUUCCUCUGCGAGUAUUAUAGAAAAGAAAGCAAAGUGUCUUUGCUGUGUUGCUUUCUUUUCUGCAGCACUAGUGAUUCUGGCCAAUAUUCUCUCUAACCGGUGAUGGAUUUAUGACUGAAUCUCCUCGCUAAGCCCAACAUUGCAGUACAAUUAUUAGAUUUUUAAUACAAUUCAUUUUGUUUUAAUAUAUAGGCAUUCAAAUACUGUUGAGCCAUUCAUGCAGAUACUGAGAUUUUGAGAUUUGUAUGACAUGUUGCAAAGGAUAAUAAAGAUGCAGAUGUGUGUGUG